AUGUUGAACGUUCAUACUGUAGUCAGUAAUGUCACCUCAGUGCACUGGAUCGAAAAAGCAGUCCAAGCAGUAAGGCGCAACAUGUUGAUAAUCACAUGGGCUGUUGAAGAAAUCCAGUGCAUACGAGUUAAAAAUAAGAGCACAAUAUCUAAUGAGUCAGUUGAAAUGAUAGCUACGUUCAGCACUCAAAGUCAAGAGGCCCAAAGCUAUGAUGUGAAUAUUGACUCACAAAUAAAAACAUACGUAGACACACAGUUUGAAACUCAGAGAGAAUGGAAUGCACAAGUUAUGAAUACAAUUAGCCAGCAUUUUGUUCAAUUAGAACAGACAAACCUGCAGAGUGAAAUCAACAAUGAAAUUCAAAACAACAACAUUACUCAGUCCACAGUAGAGAAUCAUAACCAAGAUAGCCCAGAAAUCAGAAGAGAACCAGGAAUCUUGCAAGCAACGACACACAACCCAUCUAAAAAUUUGAAGUAUACAUCACGAUUCAAAUUAUCAAGAGCGAUUACCUCUUAUUCCAGACCUUAUUUACAAUCAGUAGAGCAAACGAUUAAGGCGAUUCCUCCAAGGUGUAACAUACUCUCAACUGAAGAGUUGAAAAUAAUGACACAACUAAACCCGAAGUAUUUUAAUAUAACAACUCCUAUUAACAAGUACUUGAAAAAUGGUCUGAAGCAUGGAUUUAGAUUCAAUUUUGCAGGAAAGCGUAUAAUUACAGUACAAGAAAACCUGAAGUCAGUUAAUAUAGAACCAGCUGCACUAACAAAAUAUAUAGAAGAUGAAUUAAGUGUAGGACAUAUGUGUGGUCCGUUUACAUUAGAAAACCCUCUUUGUUCAGCAUUUCAAAUAAAUCCCUGCGGGUUAGUAGAAAAGAAAGAUACUAAUCUCAGAGUAUACAGAGUGAUUUCACACCUGUCAGCACCUACAGGCACAAGCAUAAAUGAUGGUAUUAAUGUUACAGAAUUUGCUACAAAAUAUGAGAAUAUAAAUCACGCUGUCAACUGGAUCAUCCAAUAUUGGAAAGGAUGCUUGUUAUCAAAAAUCGACAUUAAAGAUGCAUACUGUAUUCUUCCAGUACAUCCUGUCGAUCAAGUUCUUCAAGGUUUGCGUCAUAAUAACAAAAUAUACUUUGACAAAGCCCUGGCAUUUGGUAAUAGAGCAUCCGGCGGCAUAUUCUGCAGAUUUGCAAAUGCAAUCACACGAGUCGCUGUACAGCAGGGUAUCAAGUCCAUAAAACAUUAUGUAGAUGAUUUUCUAAUUAUUUCUGAUACAACCGCCAAGCAAGAAUUGCAACAAUUUUUACGCAUAUUAGAAAUAAUGAAUAUCCUUUAUAAACCAUCAAAACUAGAAGGUCCAUAUACAGCACUUACUUUUCUAGAGCUACAAUUACUAGUCGGCUCACUGAUGUGGCUAUACCAAACCAUACCUCAGGGCAGACCGUUUAUUCAGCAGUUUAUUAAAGCUCUAAAAUGGUCAGGAGUAUACUUUUUAGAGGACAGAAUAUGGUUACAACCUGAAACAAAAAACUUGUUUACAGAUGCAUCCAAUCUGGGGGGAGGAGCAACGUAUGAAGUAUACUUUAUAGCCUUUAACUGGAGUAUGCCAAUAGACCAAACAACUAAUACCAUUCAAAUGCGCGAACUUCUGACAAGCCUAAUAGCCAUACUUACAUUUGCACCAUUAUGGAAUCAGAAGCGACUAAUAAUGUGGACAGACAACCAAGCCAAUGCCGAAGCCUUCUACGCCAGCUUUUGUAAAAAUACAGCAAUCAAUGACAUAAUAGCACACAUGUACAGAGCCCAGAUCCGGGGCAAUUUUUUUAUCAAAUUAGAAUACAUACCUGGAAAAAAUAAUAUAGAGGCAGAUUUGCUGUUACAUAAUAGUCACAGAGAAUAUAUGAGACAGAAUCCAUUAGCUCGAUACUUGAAGCCUGCUAUCUCAAGAAGUAACAGACACAUGGUGGCUACAAGACCACAAUCACAAUCAACUGAGCCGCCUCUAAACAUACAAGCAGCCACAAUCCUCGGAGUUCAACCAACUGGGUACAAAACAUAUAACAGUAUAAUAAAACACUAUCAGAAACUAGCUAAAGAGAAUGAAUAG